CGCCACAGACGCCGUCUGUGCUUCCCGGAAGUACGUGGCUCAGAGGAAAUCAUGGCGUGCACCGUAUUCUACAUUGUGGCAAUAUAUUUCUCUUCCACUUGCUCGUUUAGUGUGUUCUUUUUAAGCAUUUUUGCUGCUUUUGCUGCAGUAAAGAGUGAGAAUGUGUUCAGCGCAGGCCACACGAGUACAGCACCCAUCGCUGCCGCCAGGGAUCUACGGUACCUCUUAUAUGACGUAAAUCCUCCAGAGGGAUUCAAUCUACGCAGGGAUGUCUACAUCCGAAUGGCGUCCCUAGUCAAGACUUUGAGGAAGGAGGGGGGUGACUGGGUUUUGGUUCUCCCCCCAUGGGGUCGCCUAUACCACUGGCAAAGUUCAGACAUUGAUCAGACCCGCAUCCCAUGGGGGGAGUUCUUCAGCAUCACCAGCUUGCAGGCCAACGUGCCUGUCGUUGAGUAUGAGGAGUUCAUUGCUGAGAACGGAGGCCCGUUCAUCGACCAAGUUCUGGUUCUGCAGAACUAUGCUGAGGGAUGGACCAAUGGGAAAUGGGAGGAAAAAAUAGAUGAGCGUCCAUGUUUUGAUAAGCUGAUGUACUCCAAAGAUAAACAGGGCUACUACAGGGGCUGGUUUUGGGGCUAUGAGGAAACAAGAGCCCGGAAUGUUACAUGCGUGUCAGCUCAGGGACACGCCUCAAUUAUGGCUCCAGUUCUUCAGAGAAACUACACAGUGACAUCUGUCAUGCUUGAUCGAGCAGAGACGCUGCUUCACGAUGUCUAUGCUGGAAAGGACUACUGGGAUACCCGGCGGAGUAUGGUCUUUGCUAAGCACCUGCGACUCAUAGGAGACGAGUUCAGAGCCAAAUACCUGAAUUCUACCGAUGACAGAGACCUUACGGUAUACAGAGAGGACUGGACGCGCAUGAAGGCAAAACCAGGCUCAGCCAAAGGUGGGCCUUACCUCGGCGUUCAUCUACGCAGAAAAGACUUUAUCUGGGGUCACAGAGAGGAUGUACCCAGCCUGAAGGGCGCAGUCAAAACUAUUUUAAACUUGAUGAAGAAACACAUGCUUGAAAAAGUUUUUAUUGCUACAGAUGCUGAUGGUGAAGAACUGAAGGAGCUAAAAGCAAUGUUGCCACGCAUGGUGCGGUUUGAGCCAUCUCGAGAGGACCUGGAGCUUCUGAAAGAUGGAGGAGUGGCCAUCAUUGACCAAUGGAUAUGUUCUCAUGCAAGAUUCUUCAUCGGAACAUCUGUGUCCACCUUUUCUUUCCGGAUCCACGAAGAGAGGGAGAUCCUCGGUUUCGACCCUAAAACUACAUACAACCGUUUCUGUGGAGACGCUGAGAAAGAGUGUGAACAGCCCACCCACUGGAAAAUAGUUUACUGAUGGAACUCCUUGAUGUGCCUGACACAAAAGUGCCAUGUAAAAGCAGUAUCAUCAGAUUUUAAUUUCUUAUUCAGGAUGUAUGAUCUGUUCCACUUUUCACAGGUUUGUGUGUUGUGGAGUCAUUUUAACUCUGUGACUGAACUUUAUGCUGAAAAUCCAAAACUGAGUUGCCAAACAUUAUAGUUUAUUGCUGAACAAUUAAAUAUGGAUGUUUCUUUAUUA